AUGGAAGAGGCAUUUGAAAAGGCGGUAGAGAGCAGAGAGAUCCCAGGAGCGGCUCUUCUCUCGACGAACAAGUCAGGCACAUUCAGCUUUGCGAAAUGUUUCGGCAGACGAGGGAUCGACGAAGAUGAAGAACCACUAGAGACGGAUACAGUAAUGCGUAUCGCCAGCGCUACGAAAUUGCUCACUUCUGUAGCCUCCAUGCAAUGCGUUGAACGAGGACUUCUCAAUCUCGACAACGAGAUAUCAUCCACCGUACCGGAACUUGGAGCAUUCCAAGUGCUGACUGGCUUUGGUGAAGAUGGACAGCCCAUACUACGUCCGCCAAAACGGCCGAUUACACUUCGUCGUUUGCUAUCACAUAGCUCCGGAUUGUGCUAUGAUGCGAUGCACCCACUCCUGAUACAGUAUCGAAAAUGGCAGGGCAUUCAACUCCAGCCAGACUUUGAGACCAUAGCAGAACGCUUCACCUACCCACUUGUGUAUGACCCUGGUGAUGGCUGGAGCUACGGCCCUAGCUUGGAGUGGGCAGGGAAGGCAGUCGAGAGGGCCAGUGGAUUGACUUUGGAUGCAUACUUGCAACACAACAUCUGCACGCCUCUCGAUAUCCGAGAUAUGACUUUCAAGCUGCAGCAACGGCCAGACAUGAUUAAGCGCAGAGCUACAUCCUGUGAUCGAGAUGAACAGGGUAAUCUGACUGCGGGCGAUAACGACUUCUGGCGAAAGGACUUCGAAGACGACUUCGGCGGUAUGGGCUGCUUCACGACGCCGGCGGAUUACUUCAAAGUCAUGACGUCCCUCCUUCAUGAUGAUGGAAAGCUGUUGAAGCCGACCACGGUAGACAUGCUAUUUGAACGUCAACUUGGAGAAGCCGGUGAGCAAGGGAUGGCAGAUGUCUACGCCCAUGAGCUGUUUGGUCAAGCCAUGGGACACCUCGUACCCAAAGAGGUCAACAAGAGCCAUGCUCUUGGAGGCUCACUGAUGAUGGAUGAUGCAGAUGGCAGUAAUUGGAGAAGGAAGGGCACGAUGGUUUGGGCCGGCCUGCCUAAUGUCAUCUGGUCGAUUGAUCGUGAGGCUGGUAGAUGUUGUCUUUAUGCAUCGCAAGUGCGGCCACCAGGUGAUCCACCGUCUUUGCGACUGGCCGAACUGUUCGAGAGGUCCAUGUAUAGCCGUGCGACUGGUUGA